AUGAGUGAAGACACUAUACGUUUUGUGGACGAGACAAAACAAACACAAGACACCUACUCUUAUCUCAAGCCCAUCGGAAUUCGGAAGCUUAGAAAACAAAUCAAUACCAAGGAGUUCAAAAAGAAUUACUUUGUCAUUGAUACUAGGAAAGAUGAACCCAUGGUUGUGCACUAUGAUUCAGCUCAAGGAAUUGCACCACCACCUCCUGUUGGCCAACAAGCAUCGUCGUCGUCGAUGAGUUCCAUGAUGGUGCUGUCUAGUUCUUCCUCCUCGUCCAGUAACAAUCUCAACUCUUCUUCCAUUCCUACUCCCAAUAGUGGCAGUGGCAGUGGAAGUAUAAUUUCACCUCUCAAAACAUCAACCAAAACACCUACUUUUGAAUUUCAAUCCAUGUGUUUGAAUGGUGGUGGUGUUGGUGGAGGAGGGAACACCUCUCUUCCGUCAUUCCACUUUAAUACAGCUUCACCUUCUCAGCAGCAUGCAGACUUGAGUAUGGGAUAUUUUGGAAUGAAUUCGUCGACGAUGGAUCCUAUCAUGACUACCCACACACCUGCCUCUACGCCAACGAAUGGACAUCCAUUUCAAUUUAUGCAAGCUCCAUUCCUUCCUCAACAACCUCUGUCACAUCCAUCGAGUAUUAAUCAUGUCUCAUCGUCCUCCAUGAAGAGAAAACAUGCCUUCUCCUCCUCCAGUAGUAGCAGUAGUUCAACGUAUGUGAACUCGAGAAGGACUCUCUCCAUGCCGGAUUGUUUGGUUAAUUUCUCUCCUAAUGAAACAGCCAUGAACCUUUCAGAGUAUGAAAUUCAAUCAUCACUGAAUCAACAACAACAGCAACAACAACAAUUACAAGCAAAUAAGAAAUGCAAACUAGGCAAUGAAAUAAGUCCAACACAUCAUCACAUACUGAAUGGAGAGCAACAAAUCAUGUUCUCUAAUCAAGCGUGGACAGAUGGAAAUAUGGUUCAUCUGAAUCAACAACCACAACCGAUUUCAACGUCACAACAACCAUAUUUCGACUUUUCAAAUCCUCAACAACAUCAAGACUGUUUAUUUGAGUUUGGUGACAAUAAUGAAUUAAAUUCUAGCUAUCCACAAAAUUCCAUGACAAAACACAUCUCCCUUAAUCACUAUCCUCAAUUACACCAAACACAAAUACAGCUUCUAGAAACUCUGCAAAUGAUUCUCAACCAAAAUCAUCCUCAACAGCUUGAUGAUGAUGAAAUUGGAGCUGUUAUUCCACAGUCAAACGCCUCUCCUAAUACAACUUUGAAUGAGCAAGAAAAUUCUCAACUCCAUCACAACCAGAAUGCACCCAUGAUGGUGACAAUGGAUCAACAACAAUCCUACGUUGUGACAGAAGAAAAUAAUCAGCAACCGCCUGAAUAUCAAUAUCAUCAACAAUUGUGGAAUGAUAUUGAUGAGAACGGAAUUUUCAGCCCAGUUGAUCAAACGGAAUUUUUGCUUCAAGAUCUCUCCGGUGACACUACGAAUCACAACAACCUUAACAACUCCUCUAGCGAUAGUAUUGUCGAAAACUCCUCACCUCAACCCUCAAACGAAUAA